UGCGUCGGGGUAGUCUAUGUCAAUUUUCGUUCUCUUCCCAGUCAUUCUUUGCUAAUCUCUUUCUUCUUUUCCCUCUUGUUAAUUGGAUCGAUCGCGUGUGCACUAUACUUCGAUCUUCGAUGAUGAGAGAAAAAUAAAGGGAAGAGAAAGGAGUGUGUAUUAAUUUUCGUUGUUGUCUAGGGCAGACAAAACAGACGUUCGAUGAUACAUCGUGUCUCUUCGGCGCACUGCUUGACAACGACGAGACGACGACGGCGGCAAGAAGCGCCCUUUAUCGAGCGAUCUCUCUUCUCUCGUGUGCACGUGUCCUGAAAUAAGGAAAAAAGGAGAAACAAGUCGAGAGAGGAAAGAAAAAUAAGUCCUGACAAAAAAAAAUAAAAAAAAAAUAAUAAUAAUAAAAAGAGAAAAAGGAUUUCGAAUGUAGAUAAUAUAGAAAGGGCUGGAAGGGUUUCGUAUAAGAUGCCAGCGGUUCUCGAGGCGAGUAAACGUUCAGGGUUUGAGGCGGAUAAGGAAGGAAGUGCAGGAGAAGGAUUACAAGAGGAAAAGAGGCAACAGGAGCAGAACCACCACCGAGGCCAUCGGCCUUCGGGGUGCACCACCUCUUCUUCUUAAUGCUACGGUGUGUCUGCGAACGAAGCAACGUGCACGUAUAUACAUAAACCUAUGAUCAUCAAUUUGUCUCGCUUCGUUCUUGUCUUUAACUAAUUGCGUAAGGGCAUCGGUGAGGAUAUACGAGAAUUUUACAAGUUGAUAAAUAGAAGAACCCCUUGCAAGCGUCAACGAGAUCGAACACAAUUUACUUGCUUCAUUUACACUUCCUUCAUUUACACUUCCUUCAUCUCGAUCGUGUUUAAACUUUGGUAGUACCGAUAGUUAAAAGUAUUCUAGUAUCUCUCAUCUUUCUCAUCAUCGUUGAUACGAUCCUAAAUAGCAACAGAUUGCUUAUUGUUAUUGUUCUUCUUGUUAUUGUUAUUGUUAUGAAAGAGAAAGAAAGAAAUAUGCCAGCAUUACCGAGUACGAUUGAAUCGCGACACGUUGACGACAUGACGCCACCUUCGAUGAUUGCCUCCUCGUCACCGUCUUCCUCAGCAUCCUCAUCUUCGGCAUCGUCCUCGACGUCAUCACCACCUACACCAAGAAUGACAAGUCCUCCGAUUGUUUCCACGAAUACCUGUUAUCUCCCGGAAUCAAGAUUGAUCUCUAGAUCGAUCAAUUCUACCAGAUAUCCAGAAGAAAUUGAAGAAACCGCGAGAAGUAACUCAGGAUCGACAGGUAGCAGUGGUAGUAGUAAAUCUACCGAUGCUAGACCAAGGCAAAGUCUAUCAAAAAGUUCCGCUUCUUUGCGGAGUCUCGUUCGAAGAAAGAGUCGACGACAAACUGGUGGUGGUGGUGGCAAUGUAACUGGUGGAUCAUCAUCUAUUAUCGAGUCCAAUAAUGAUUCUCGACAAUCUCGUAAUCAAGGUUCUGAAGACGGUGGUCUGCAUCGAAGACGAGAAAGUACAGGAGGAGAAGAGGAGACAACAACGAUGUAUACAAAUGGAAAAUCAUCUACUCGACGAGCACCUUCCGUAGUUAGAGGAACAACGGUAACAGGAAUAAUUGGAGAACAGGACAAUAAUAAUAUUGGACAAGAUGCAUCCUCGUCUAUAAGCAACGUUGUCUUUGUUGCUCCAACUGUGGUCUCAAACACCAACAGGUUCAUUCGAACGACCUCUUCGUCUCUCGUACGUGCAAUCAGUACACCUGGAGCAUCUACUUCAAACACGACCUCGCACUGGAACAACUCGAACGAACAGGAGUCCGACUACGUCGUCGAUCCUGUUCAAGGGAAGGCAUACUACAAGGGACAAUUUCUUGGAAGAGGGGGCUUUGCUAGGGUCUACCUAAUGACCGACGUCAGUGAUGGAAAUCAAUACGCUUGCAAGAUAAUCCCGAAAAAUCGGAUGCAGAAGAUUCACAUGCAAAAGAGCCUAAUGCACGUAUUGAAGUACCGUGGUAAAGUCACGGAACCGGAAGCACGAUAUUACAUGAAACAAAUGGUAACCGGUGUGGCGUAUAUUCACUCGCAGAAGGUCGUCCAUCGAGAUCUGAAGCCAGGCAACAUGUUCCUGUCAGAUCGUAUGAUCGUCAAAAUUGGAGACUUUGGCUUGGCUACAAGGCCUGAUGGUCAACGUAGACGUGUGACCAUAUGUGGUACACCGAACUAUAUUGCACCGGAAGUGUUGUACAAACAAGCAUACAGCUAUGAAGCGGAUGUUUGGGCGUUAGGUUGUAUCCUUUAUGCAUUACUAGUCGGACAACCACCCUUUGAGACAGCAACAUUAGAGAAAACCUAUGCCAGAAUAUGCAAAAAUGAUUAUCGCGAGGUCGAUGACUCGAUAGCAAGCCGGAACGGUCAGAAUCUUAUAAACUGGUUACUACAACCGAAUCCAGAGCUGCGACCGUCCUCGGAAUGGGUGAAGGAGCAUCCGUAUCUCACAAAGGAAUACAUACCACCCUCCUUACCGCACACUUGUUGCUUCCAAAUGCCGCACGCGACCAUACUCGAACCAGCUUCUUCUUCACCUUCUUCGGUCUCGACUGCUUCCAGAAAUCAGGAACUUGGAAAAGCUCAGGUUUGGCAAAAUUUAGACCAUCCAGAUAUUUAUCCACGUUCUCAACAACGAGCAACAAUGCCAAACGCACAGCAACUAACACAAAAUCAACAAUUGCUUGAACGAUCUCAAAAAAAUAUUCAAAAAGAUUCGAAAGUGUCCAAUUGGCUUGUACGAAAAUUACCAAAAUUACCCAGGUUCAAACAACGACUCAGUAGCGUACUUUGUCCCGACAAUAAGAAGACUAGUCUACUUGCUCAAAGUGCUCAGAUGCAUCGUGCAUUGGACAAUUUUGUUUCUGAAAUGAAACGUAAUAAUCUGCAACAAAAUCCACCUGGUGUCGAAGAUAUCGUGCCUCUUUUUGUUACAAAGUGGAUAGAUUAUUCCAACAAAUAUGGCUUAGGUUUUCAACUGUCAGAUAAAUCCGUUGGUGUUUUAUUCAACGACAAUACCAAGAUCAGUUAUACUCAUGACAGGAGAAGAAUCGAAUACAUGACUAUCGAUGAUGAAGUGACGAGAUAUCACCGAGAAAGGGAUAUACCUGUGCCUUUGCAGAAAAAACUUGAGCUACUUCAUCACUUUACUCAAUACAUGGACGAAUUUUUAACGGAAGGAGGUGAAUUAAAAAAAUAUCGGACAACGGUGAAACAGUCAAAGAACGCAUAUGUUCCACGUAUGAGACGGUGGCUUAGGACAGAUAAGGCAAUUGUUAUGGAAUUAACAGUUCCAUUACUCCAAGUAAACUUCUUCGUGGAUCAUACGAAGAUAAUAGUAUCUCAAGAAACUGGCAAAGGAUAUCUAAUUACCUACAUCGACACCGGUAGACACGUAUCGUCUUACUGGUUAAACGAUCUUCGCGAUUUUGGUUGUACUGCUGAUCUUUAUGAACGACUUUAUUACGUAUGCAAGGUGACACGAGAAUUUGCAGAGUUAGACAAUAACACGAUUGCUUGACCAAAUGGUGUUCUUCGACGACGUUCCUUUCAAAACGUUAAAUUGAAAUUCGGUAAAAAAACGAAACUAGGUAGGUCAACUUGAGAAACAUCAAAAAUAUCGAA